GGUUGGAACUUCCUCCACUGACACGGCGCACACUACCAAACAGUAAUGUACCAUUGCAGUCUUAGUAACAAACUAUACUCUGGCACUGUUCCUCAUUUUCAACAACGCUCUACUUCAAUGUUCUGGAGGUAGGUUCUUUCCCUUCAUAUCGUGAGUUUCAAAUAGAGUGUGAUCUUUUUUCUUCAGUAAAUUCCAACCCUUCCUCGAUCGAUGAUAUACCAGUGGACAUUGAACGACGCAGGCAAUUCUAGACCAAGAUGUUCUACUAUCAAUUCGCAGAAAACGCGAUUCGUCGACUACUUUCAGCGUGUAGACGUCUUGAGGGAUAUAUGACUGGUCAGAUUGAAGACGAAGAGAACAAGGAUGACUCAAAAGUUCUCUGCAGUGAAAUACGGCUGAUAGUCGAAACCUGCGUCAGUUCAUCGAACCAGCUGCUGACACCGUCCUGGGAAACGGUCCUUGACGGAUCAAGGUGAAGACAGAGAUGGUCAUGGCUUCUUAGAUCAAUGCCGUCUUCCUCACCAAGAAACCGGUAGAGGUGCCUAUCCUUUCGCCCCCAUCCUCUGAAGAACCCAGAGUUGUGCUCAAAUGCUCAUCCCAUCCCAACCAUCGGUCAUGAGGUGCCUUUUGCGACACGUCGAGACUCGAGACGCCAUCUACAGGCCCGUUACCUUCUUGUCCUCAUCAUUCAGCUGGAUGAAACUUCAGGUAAUGCAGGCGUCAUCACCAACUCGAAUGUUGUUAUGUUACCGAUCCGUCCCAGUAAGCGGUUUCAUUUUCCGUGUCACAGAGUGGAGCUCAGACACGGAUAAGCGCGAAGCCAGCAGACUGCGAACGACAGCAGCGAUGGAGUGCAGGUGGAGAGUCACGCGAUUUGCUU